GACGGCAGCGUUCGGAAAGGUGGCUGGAAGAUCUGCCUCCGAUCUCCUGCCCGGUCCAAUCUUAAUGCGCAGCCUGAUCCCGCGGUGGAGCUGAAACUGAAGGCGGACCUCAUGAAGAACCACACCCUGGACGAGGAAGCCUCGAAACUGAAAGCCGCGAAGCUUAAUGCGAAAGCCGCGAACGAGAGUGAGACCGGGAACUCUGGCCACUCAAGGCUCUUGGCAGCCAUGCCUGACGUUUACGCCUAG